AUGGCUGGACACUUGGCCAAAUUCUGGUGGCACUUCUUGGUUGUUGCAGAAAUGUCUUAUGCUGUAAAGAAGGCAACGGCACUGGAAUGCUUGGUGCGUCUAGCGUCUGUAAGGCGUUCUUUGUUUACAAAUGAUGCUGCCCGUUCUAAAUUUUUGGCCCAUUUAAUGACAGGAACCAAAGUAAUCCUGCAAACAGGGCAAGCAGGUCUUGCAGAUCAUGAUAAUUACCAUGAAUUUUGUCGUCUUCUUGGUCGUUUCAGAGUGAAUUAUCAGUUGUCGGAGCUUGUUAAUGUGGAAGGCUAUAGCGAUUGGAUACGUUUGGUUGCAGAGUUUACUCUCAAAUCUUUGCAAUCAUGGCAGGUUAAUCAUUGUGUUGCUUUCAAACUUUCCCAGAGAAUACAUGAUAAAUUACGGCUCAAAAAUCAUUCUAAUGUUUUUGAGCAUUUUAUCUUUGGGACAAUGGUGGCACUGCCUGGAAACAAUUCAGGACUAUGUCUUGUUUUGAUUAAGCUGAUACCUUCUUGUCAGUGGGCAAGCAAUAGUGUGUACUACCUGUUAGGGCUGUGGUCUAGAUUGGUGUCUUCUGUUCCAUAUUUAAAAGGUGAUGCACCAAGCUUACUGGAUGAAUUUGUUCCCAAGAUUACUGAAAGUUUCAUCACAUCAAGAUUCAACUCAGUGCAGGCUGGAUUACCUGAUGAUCUUUCUGAGAACCCCUUAGACAAUGCUGAACUUCUUCAGGAUCAAUUAGACUGCUUCCCAUACCUUUGUAGAUUUCAGGAAAGAGCAAGAAUACAUGUUUCUGAUAACAGUGACCUGACUGUGAUUGAAGAUAAACUUGCUUGGAUUGUUCAUAUCAUUGCUGCAAUUCUGAAGAUAAAACAAUGUACUGGUUGUAGUUUGGAAUCACAGGAGGUACUCGAUGCAGAACUUUCUGCUCGAGUUUUACAGUUGAUAAAUGUAACUGACAGUGGAAUACACAGUCAGAGAUAUGGUGAGAUAAGCAAACAGAGACUAGAUAGGGCAGUACUUACUUUCUUUCAGAAUUUUCGAAAGUCUUAUGUUGGAGAUCAGGCUAUUCAUUCUUCCAAGCAGUUAUAUACCCGGUUAUCUGAACUUCUUGGCUUACAUGAUCAUCUAUUACUGUUGAAUGUGAUUAUUGGCAAGAUUGUGACUAACCUUAAGUGCUACACGGAGAGUGAAGAGGUCAUUGACCACACCUUGAGUUUGUUUUUGGAGCUUGCAUCUGGCUACAUGACUGGAAAACUACUUUUGAAGUUGGAUACAGUGAAAUUUAUUGUUGCCAAUCAUACGUGUUCCAUAAGAACUGCUUCCUCUUCUCUUCCUCCUCUAUUUUCCCUCUCUGAGCUGGCUUUUGCAAUGGUUACUGUUGUAUACAAUUUGGCAAGUGUCUGCUUCAAGGGAGUUUUCAUGAGGGAGCAUUUUUCAUUUUUGGAAGCAAAAAGAUGCACUCGCAGCAGAACAACAUUCUAUUACACUAUUGGCUGGUUGAUAUUCAUGGAAGAUAGCCCCGUGAAAUUUAAAUCUUCAAUGGAUCCACUCCAGCAGGUUUUUCUCAGUUUGGAAUCAACUCCGGAUGCAGUAUUUCGAACGGAUGCUGUAAGGUUUGCACUUGUUGGUUUGAUGAGGGACCUUAGAGGAAUUGCAAUGGCCACAAACAGGUUUGGUAGUCAUGCUGUCUCUGUUAUUCAAUCUGAGGGAAGCAAUUGA